CGAGAUAGAAGAAUCAUCUUCUUAAAUCGAUCAUUAAAUCAAUAAUCUAGUUUUUUUGAAUUAGUGCAAAGGAGAAUUAUCAUAUGAUCACUAAUAUAUAUUUUUUUGAAUUAAUUCAGGGAAAGAAAAAUCAUUUUUUAAAGUCAAUACUAGGGAGGAUGACAUCACUAUAUUGUUUUCCUAAAAAGAAUAUUCAAACGCCAAAACUUAUGUGUACUUUUUAAGAUUAGUGGAAAUACGAGUAAAAUAUUGUAAAUGAUAAAUUUUAAUUAAUAAGUUUUUGAAGAGGAGAAAUAUCCUUUGAUGGACAGUACAAAGGGUAAUCACCAGAGGAGAGGGAGUUUGGGUCUUCCAUGGGUGUCCCAAACACAAUGGUCAGGCGAAAAACCUUCCAGAGAUUCCUGUUUUAACGACGAUGAAUCCGUGAAUGUAAAGGUUGUGCUACGGUGCAGACCACCAAAUGAGGAUGAAGUGAAGGCAAAAGAACCCCUAGUGAUUUCAUGUGAUGAGCAAAAACAUGAGGUGUCUGCAAUCCUUAACACAGCUACUAAACAGACAAAUAGAACUUUUAUUUUUGACAAGGUCUUUGGUCCCUCAACUCAACAGAAAGACUUGUACAAUCAAGCUGUGGCGCCUCUUGUGGACGAUGCUCUUGAAGGGUAUAGCUGCACGGUCUUCGCAUACGGCCAAACAGGAACUGGAAAAACGUAUACAAUGGAAGGGGAAGUAGGGAAGGAAAAGAAUGGAGAGCUCAAGAAGAAUGCAGGGGUGAUUCCCAGAGCAGUAGAGCAGAUUUUCAAGAAGCUGGAGUCUGAAAAGGCAGAGUAUACAAUGAAGGUGACAUUCAUAGAGCUUUACAACGAAGAAAUAACCGAUCUUCUCUCCUCCCCAGAAGACGAGGAGCCAAAGACAGCUGUGAAGCUGAUGGAAGAUGGAAAGAGUGCUGUCUUCAUAAGAGGCUUGCAAGAGGAGACAGUGUACAGUGAAGAUGAAAUUUACAGAAUUCUGGAGGAUGGCUCUGCAAAGAAGCAUACUGCAGAGACCCUUCUCAACAAACAAAGCAACCGGUCGCAUUCCAUAUUCUCCAUCGCAGUGCAAAUCAUGGGAAAUGCAUACGAUGGGAGGGAAGUGAUCAAAUGUGGGAAGCUGAACCUUGUGGAUCUCGCUGGAUCUGAGAACAUCUUGCGCUCCGGUGCCACAGAGGGAAGAGCAAGGGAAGCCGGUGAGAUCAACAAGAGCUUACUUACAUUAGGCAGAGUCAUCAAUGCAUUGGCUGAUCACUCCGGGCAUGUUCCCUACAGGGACAGUAAAUUGACAAGAUUAUUGAGAGACUCAUUGGGAGGAAAGACAAAAACCUGCAUAAUAGCCACAGUUUCUCCAUCUCUUCAAUGCUUGGAUGAGACUCUCAGUACUCUUGACUAUGCAUUCCGCGCUAAGAACAUUAAGAACAGACCAGAGGUUAACCAAAAGAAUGGAAUUUGCAUACCACAAGAACAAUACCAGCCUAAUGAUGCUGCACAAAAGAGAAUUGUAGAACUUGAAGGCUUAUACAGUAACCAGCAAAAGUUGACAGCAGAUACAGGCGAAAAACUUGCAAAGGCCAAGAAAGAUCUCAAGAAAACUGAACAAUCCUUGUCUGAAGUAGAAGCUGAAUACAGUCAAGCCAAAGAAAACAUUAAACAGAAGCAGUAUUUAAUAUAUUAUCUCAUCACAUCUGAGAAGGCACUUACUGAGAAAGCAAUUGAGCUUCAAGCUGAGCUAGAAAAAGCAGAAUCAGAGGUUUCAAGAUUAUGUGGAAAAAUAGAAAAUAAUAAUCACAGAGAGGGAAAUAAUCAACUUGUUCUCCAGAACUUCCAGAAUCAAUUGGCAAAAGAGCUUGAACUUUUAAAUGCAAAUAUAGCAGCUUCUAUAUCACAACAAGCACAGCAACUUAAAGCUGUACAAGAAACACAAAAAUUGUUUUUAUCUGCAAAGUCCAAGAAUCUGCUCCAGAAGCUAAAAGAUAAGUAUGUAUCUGAUGUCCAAAAUUUGGCUGACACCGCAGAAGAACAAACUGAAAAUUUUCAUGUCGCCAUUGGAAAAUUAAAUUCAGAAGUACCAAAAUGUUCGUCUUCGAUUAUGGAUCUUGUUGUGAAGAUUUCCUCAGACAUUGGUUCAAUACUUAAUGGUCUAGAGAACAACCUUACGAGUCUUGAAUUAAAGAUGAAAACAUUUCUACAACAGGAGCAACAGAACCAAUCACAAACAUACCAAGCAACACAAGUAAUUUCUGAUGUUCUCUUGAGCUACUUCAAGAAUCUGACAACAUCUGUGUCGAAAUUGGUACAUAUGGAGGAAGAACUACAAAGAAAGUAUAGCCAGCAAAUCUGUUCCUUCGAAAAGAAAUAUGAGGAGCUGGCUGCAAAUGAAGGAAGGGAAAUAUUAGAAAAAGUUGCAUCUCUCCUAGCAAGCUCCCAUGCUCAGAGGAAACAGCUCGUCCAAGCAGAGUUUGAGUUUCUUCAAAGGUGUGCUAAUAGUAGAGCCAGACAUCUAAACAAAGAGUUUUCAAACAUUAUAGACUGCACUUGUUCUACCCAAGAAGAAUGGACAAGUUUCAUAGAGGGAACAAAGGUUCAUCAUACAGAAGACAGGGCUAUGUUAGAAACCUGGAAAGGUUGCAUAGAAGAAAGCCUCAGAGGAUGUGUGAAAAUCUCCAAUGCAGUUCCAGAACAAUGGAGAAAUGCUCAAGAAUCGCUUAUUAGCCAACAGGCUGCAAAUACCAACUUCAUAGACUCCAUUAUUAAGAGUGGAAUUGAGAGACAUGAGAAGGUCGAUGCUCAACUUUCUGCUCAUGUUUCUUCCAUACUUGCAGAAACUGAACUUGCUAUCAAGAAUGUUCUUUCUUCCUCGGAAUAUUUGCUGGAAUUGGAUAUUGGCAGAAAAGGUUUUGACAGAUGAUUACAAGGUGGAUGCACAUUCAGAUUCAACUCCAAGGAGGAUAAAAUUCAACUUGCCAAGCAAAGAAGUCAUAGAAAACCUGAGAACUCCCUCUUUUGAAGAGUUACUUCAGUCAUUCGAUGAUGGUGGAAAACGGGAUUAGAGACAAAGCUAAUGAGAAUGUAAUUGUGAACCCACAAUUACAUGAAAUAGCACACAUAAAUCUUGAAUAUUCUA